AUGCGAUUCGUCGAGUUGAGUGCGCAUCCGUUUGCCAAUGCUACAGUCGCAUGUGAACCUUCAAAUGUGCAGGCAAGCCUGUCGGUACUAGACUGCCCGUCAUCAUUAGAUCGUGCAGUGGUCGAACAUCGAAGCCUGGAAAGGCAGGACCCACAUCGCCUUGCGGAUAACAACACUCCCGCAUGCAGCUUGUCUCAGCGGACUUUGCGUGCAGUCAGUGACAAUGCUAUUCCGGUCACGCCAAUAAGGGUUGCGAGAGCCACGUCCGCAGUAGCAUCUGGACGUACAGUCUCACUGCCUCACAACCAUGCGCGAGUUCAUGCGCCCUUGGUGGAAGACACUCGGGUCUCUUCGCGGUCUGCAUCAUUACCACAAAAUACCUUGCGAACCGUCAACCUUAUUGACCGGUUCCCAUCGCCUCCAGUACAGGCGAACCAAUCAGCAUCGAAACGAGCCGCUUGGUCGCUUUUCCCGGGCGUGAACAUGCCCGCUUCGUCGACUUUGGCUGUGAGCAGUAUCAACACCGGACCAAUCGACCGCCAUAAGGGCAGGCAACGCAGAGCCUGCCUGCCUGACCAGUCCCCGCCCCCUGACGCCUGUCGUGCUGUGAAUACACUCGCAGCUCCUCCGGCGAAUCUUGCCGAUGCUUCGAUGCCUCGGACUCAAGGCAGCACCCUGGAACAAGGUGCGAUGCUUUCAGAGUCGGUUACGCCAAGUCGCGCUCAUAGCAUCAACAGCAGCCAAACUCGUUACUUCAGCGCAGCCAGCACAUGCGGUCCAUCGAGCACAGUUCGCACCCCUGGCCUGAUCCCAUGUUUUUCAACAGAAGCAGAGGUCGCAAGGCAACAGCAUAGGAGUCACGCUACAAGUGUUUUGAAUGCGCUUCCGGGUUCCCAUCGCUCUCCCAGGAUUCUGCACGUGCCGUCGCUUAGCGAAUCUGGCCGACGUGCAACGGCCUCAGGUCCUGCUUCUGGUGAGGACGUGUACGCUAGCCCCAUUCCCGCGCCGGUGACUGUAACGUCUUACGGCAAACUUUGUCGGCACAGACUUGCACAGGCUAUUCAGCCGCUUGGUGGAAAUAGAGGUUAUCCAGCACUGGCAGACUUAGGCCGGAACAUCGCGCAGCUAGACGGCAACGGGAACGACGUUGCAACUGUGAUCUCCCAUACAACCCCCAACCACAACCCGACGUUUGCACGCGAGCCGCUUUCCCAAACCUUGUCACACAACUCUGAGGCACUCCAUUCCUCCCACGUCCGCAACGUCCACCGCGCGAGACCCACAUGGCGCACUCGCAUGCACAGAACGCGCUGCUGGCGUUGCGCUUUACACAGCCAACGCGUCAAAGGAUUGCAGCACGUUCGAAAGAUGCUCGAUUGGACGUGCUUCUGCCAGUUCAGAGCCUAUGAAGAGAGUAGUGAUGAUGAGGUUGAAACGCUCGGCACGAGGCCAAGUAGACGAGAGCUGAGAGCGCGUGGCGGAGCGGGUCAUGGGUAA